AUGGCAGACAUUGACAACAAAGAACACUUGCCUAGGGUAGUUAGAAGACGAGUGAAUGCUCUCAAAAAUCUUCAAGUUAAACGUGCACAAAUAGAAGCCAAAUUCUAUGAGGAAGUUCAUGAUCUUGAAAGGAAGUAUGCCGUUCUCUCUCAGCCUCUAUUUGACAAGCAAUUUGAGAUUAUUAAUGUGAUUUAUGAACCUACAGAAGAAGAAUGUGAAUGGAAAGCAGAUGAAGAAGAUGAAAUUUCGGAGGAGCUGAAAGAAAAGGCCAAGAUAGAAGAUGAGAAAAAGGAUGAAGAAAAAGAAGAUCCCAAGGGAAUUCCUGAAUUUUGGUUGACUGUUUUUAAGAAUGUUGACUUGCUCAGUGAUAUGGUUCAAGAACAUGUUGAACCUAUUCUGAAGCACUUGAAAGACAUUAAAGUCAAGUUCUCAGAUGUUGGCCAGCCUACGAGUUUCGUCUUAGAAUUUCACUUUGAACCCAGUGAAUAUUUCACAAAUGAAGUAUUGACAAAGAUAUAUAGGAUGAGGUCAGAACCAGAUGAUUCUGAUCCCUUUUCUUUCGAUGGACCAGAAAUUAUGGGUUGUACAGGGUACCAGAUAGAUUGGAAAAAAGGAAAGAAUGCCACUUUGAAAACCAUUAAGAAGAAGCAGAAACAUAAGGGACGUGGGACAGUUUGUACUGUGACGAAAACAGUUUCCAACGAUUCCUUCUUUAAUUUUUUUGCACCUCCUGAAGUUCCUGAACGUGGAGAUCUGGACGAUGAUGCUGAAGCUAUUCUUGCUGCAGACUUUGAAAUUGGUCACUUUUUACAUGAGCGUAUAAUCCCAAGAUCAGUGUUCUACUUUACUGCAGAAGCUAUUGAAGAUGAUGACGAUGAUUAUGAUGAAGAAGGUGAAGAAGCAGAUGAGGAAGGAGAAGAAGAAGGAGAUGAGGAAAAUGAUACAGACUAUGACCCGAAGAAGGAUCAAAAUCCAGCAGAGUGCAAGCAGCAAUGAAGCCGGAUGUAUGAGGCCUUGAGGAUAAUCUGCACUGGUCUGCCUUCUGCUUCCCUGCAAAGGAUGAAUUUACAUCUUUUGACAAGCCUAUUUCAAGUUUUUUGUUGCUGUUUGUUUGUUUGCUUGUUUUUGUUUUUGCAGCCUAAAAUAAAAAUGUCAAAUACAAAA